AGAGAAGUGAAUUCAUUGAGGAUUGAGGAUUGAGGAUGGAGGAGAGAAUGGGGUCAUGGAAUCUUGUUGGUUUGGACUUGAGAGCAAUGGUGGUCACGUGUGGGUUUAUUUUUAAAGCAGCGCCACACCACCAAUUCUCAUCCAAAUCCUACUCUCUUUCUCUCCCUAACUCUAUAUCGCCAUCACUCUCUUUCCCCUUUCUCUCUCCUUCUACACUCAAUUCACCUUCAAUUUAAGGAAAUAGUUAGCAACACCACCAACCCCCACAGCUUUUCUCCUCGUGGCUAGGGUUUUUUUUCACUUGAUUAUGAUGCCAUUGAUUUGAGACCAUUUACGAAAUGGCGGCAGCUACAGGAUUUAUGCCGCCGCCGUUUGAUGUUCAGAUUCUCCGCUGCCAGAAGAAGCGCCGCCUGUUCGCCUCCUGCUGCUCGCCUCGGAACUGUAAACAGCGGAUCCUCCAUCCUGCUCUCUCCUUUGCAUCUUCUAAAUCCAGAUUUGUUACCAAACAAGAUAAGUUCUUCUCCCGCUGCACCCCAAGAAACACAGGUCCUCAGUUUCGAGAUUCUCCCCCUAAAAGAGAUACUGGUAUUGCCAAUGAGGAAGAAUGGGGCAUCAGUUUGCUAAAUGAUAGUGUCAAUGAAUCUGGGACUAAUGAAGAUGGAAGUACCUGGUACCGUGAAAGUGGGGAAGAUCUUGGAGAUAAUGGUUACAGAUGUAGAUGGACUAGAAUGGGCGGACGAAGUGCUGACACCACUUCUGAAUGGAAAGAAACGUGGUGGGAGAAAAGUGAUUGGACCGGAUACAAAGAACUAGGUGUUGAGAAGUCUGGAAGGAAUGCAGAAGGGGAUUCUUGGUGGGAAACAUGGAGAGAAGUUCUUCAUCAAGAUGAAUGGAGUAAUCUAGCUAGGAUAGAAAGAAGUGCACAAAAACAAGCGAAAUCGGGAACAGAAAAAGCUGGGUGGUAUGAAAAUUGGUGGGAAAAAUAUGAUGCCAAAGGGUGGACUGAGAAAGGGGCACAUAAAUAUGGCAGAUUGAAUGAGCAAUCAUGGUGGGAGAAGUGGGGAGAGCAUUAUGACGGAAGUGGUUCAAUUUUGAAAUGGACUGAUAAAUGGGCUGAGACAGAACUAGGAACUAAAUGGGGAGACAAGUGGGAAGAAAAGUUUUUUGCUGGUAUUGGAUCACGGCAAGGCGAGACUUGGCAUGUAUCUCCCAGUAAUGAUAGAUGGUCAAGAACAUGGGGAGAAGAGCACUUCGGGAACGGGAAGGUGCACAAGUACGGAAAGAGUACGACUGGGGAGAGCUGGGAUAUUGUUGUGGAUGAAGAAACAUACUAUGAGGCUGAUCCACAUUACGGAUGGGCGGAUGUUGUUGGUGAUUCCAAUCAGCUACUAUCGAUUCAGCCUCGAGAACGGCCUCCUGGUGUCUUUCCAACCCUCGACUUUGGCUCAUCUCCGCCUGCAGACAAUGACGAGACCUCCAGCGAUCAAGAAUGAUGGUUUGAUUUAUUUGUAGUUGUCAGAGAGGUCGAGUAGAAGAAGAUGUUGCUCCAUUUAUUCUUCAUUUCAUUCAUUCUUUUAGCAUUUUCUGCCUUCACUCUAAGCUCAAAAAUGGUUUGGACAUUUUACAAAUAUUCUGUGAAUGGUGGAUUU